AUGUUAUCAAAACAACAAGGUGAUGAUGAAAAAGAAGAACCACAGCGACAGCAGACAGCACUAGCACAGGAGGCACCUUCUACUGACUCAAUAGCAGGGAAGGAAGUCCACAAGGAAGAACCCAUUCAAACUCAGACUGUUCCAAGCUCAGGCUCUAUUGAUACUUUAAAGGUUAGCAAGAAAACAGGUAAAAUAAUAGAAAUACCAUUUGAUAAGCCUGCUGUUGGUAUGACUCCUCUUAAAACUAAUGGCAAUCCUCCGCUCACUACAUUAAAUAGUGGGACAUCUCAGUUGAUAGUGGAAGGUGGUGGUAUUGUUGACUUGACUACUGCUCAACCUAAUGAUAGUCUCUUGAACAUUGAAGCUGCUGAUAGUAGUGCUACGCAUUCCAAAGGCUCUAAACCUAGGAAAGGCGUUCAGGAUCCAGGCUCAUCAGUUGUUCCUCGAAAAGGGGUUGACCCACUUGGAGCAAUCAAUGCUAAUCAGUCAAGUGAAGGGACUUCAAGUCCUAUUAAAGAAUUAACCAAUGUCAAUGUAGAUACAAAAACACCUUUGAACAAAAGUGAUUCGCCAAUUAAAACUAAUGAUCAAGAACACAGUGAACACACUACUCAUAGGAUAACACAUCCUAGAAAACCUGUAGUUGUUACAGACCUCGAAGAUGUAGACGAUUUUGAAAAAUAUCCUAUUAUUCAAACAUCAACCACAGGUGAGGAUUACAUCAUAAUUGGCAUAGUGAUUGUUCUUGGGAUUUGGUGUUCAAUCUUUGGGGCACUUAUAUUUUAUAGAAGAGCAGGAGAAUAUUGGGACAGAAGACAUUACAGGAGAAUGGAUUUUCUUGUUGAAGGCAUGUAUAACGACUAA